AGUUGCAUGUAGUGGCUCGUAGAAAAGUCUGCGUUAUGUUCCAUAAUAAUAUGAUUCAGUUUUACUAAGCACUGUUACAAAGUCAGAUUUCCAAAGUGGAUAGGAAUAUCUGAAAUGUGCGUUAACGCACGUAAGUGCGCGGUGUAGAAUGGUACAGUGAAAUAAAUUAUAAUACGUGUGAAGAGGCGAUGCCAUAGAAAGGCGACAUGGGUUUCUGAGAGGGAUUUGGAUUGCGCAUGAAGACGGUAGAAAGUGGUAAAAGGGCCAGAAGAUAUAACGCUUGCACCCGGCUGUCACGACGCCAUGUUUCUUCAAAACGGUCUACCGAUGUCGAAAACUUCUUUAUUAAUUCUCUGCUGUCUUGUAUUAGUUUCUGCUGGCCUCGAUGACGGGGAAACAGACAAGACAGAAAAUAUUUGGCAAAAGAAUGAAAAAAUUGCUACAUUAGAGAUAACAACAUCUCAAGAUAUAAAUGGAAUUGAAGCAGGUAGUACACCUUCUUUAACAUGUAAACUCAGUGUGCCUGGCCAAGUUUGGUGGACUACCAAAGGGAACAAUCUUACAACGAUUAAAGAUUUUGAACAUGCUGGACGAUUUGAUAUAAAAAAAGCAAGCAGGAAUGAUACGGGUGAUUACAAAUGUAUGGCUCGAACUACAGAAGGAGAACUUCUUGAGAAAGAGAUUCAUAUUAGGGUGAUAGAACCUGGUAGAAUAACAUCGGAUAAAGAUGUCAGGAUAAAAGUAUCGGAAUCAGCUAACUUAACUUGUCAUGUAUUCGGCUAUCCACUCUCAAAUUUCAGUUGGUUAAAAGGAAAUGAUACUAAGACCAGUGAAAAUUUGAAGAAUCAUUCGACUGUCACGCAUGUAAAUGAAACCUAUGUAAUAAUGACAUUAGAAUUUAAAAUUCUAUCCCGUAAAGAUAAUGGUACAUACAUCUGUAAAGCACAAGAUAAUAAUGGCAUAAUAAGUGCCUACAGACAUCUUUUUGUAAUCGAUGUGCCAAAAGUUAGCAUUGAUUUUAUAAAAGCUGUUGGUGCUGGAAGUAUCUUUUUAAAUUGGACAGUAGAUGACGGUAAUGAACCAAUUAAAGAAUAUUUAAUUAGACAUAUGAAAAAUGGAACAGAUCAAUUUCAGUAUUAUAGAAAACAAAUUGGUGGAGAUAUUUCAAGCUAUGUUCUGAAAGAUUUUGAAAAUGGCACAGCAUAUAAAAUUGGAAUUAGUGCUGAUAAUGCUGUUGGCUCAUCUCAUAUACAAUUUUAUCCACAUUGGGUCACUACACUUGAAAAAGAUCCAGUGUUCAUACCAAAAGUUUCUGUUAAUGGUGUCACUGAAAAUUCUAUUACUAUAGCAUGGACUGUACCACCACCACAUCUGAAAGAGCAUGUGCAUUUUUACAAUUUAAUGGCAACUCACAAAGAUCAAAAACGACAGGCAGUUUAUCCAGCACAGCAGUUUACUGUAUAUGCAUUUGUAGAUCUUGAUCCAGCUACUAUUUACAAAUUUAAAAUUGCAGCUUGCAGUGAAUAUACAAAGCAAUGUGGUAAUUGGAGUACUGAGGUGAAUGGCACGACAUUAGAUGGAGUGGCUGGCCCACCGAAAGAUUUGCUAGUUACAUGUCAAUAUGAUAACAUAAGCAGUUCCAGUUUUAUUUCUAUUUCUUGGACAUCACCAGAGAAAACAAAUGGUGUUAUAACUCGAUAUAAUCUACAAUUAAGUGGCAUAGCAAAAUUUAAAAAUGAUAUGGGCCGGUUAGAUAUAGAUAAGUGGUCUUUACCGGUUAAGAGUAUCUCAAACAAGAACAGUGUUAGAUAUGGUCAAAUACCAGCCAACACAAACUAUACGGUACAUGUACAUGGUGUGACUAGGUCUCGUUCUCCAGGAAAAGAUGCAACUGGUAAUUGUACAACUCCAGUUACCAUCCCUGACAGAGACAGUUUAAAUAUGAGAACGUGGAGAAAAAUCGAAAAUGAGGGUAGACAAUUGUUUAAAUUAUAUUUACCACGUAUUUCGGAAAGAAACGGCCCGAUAUGUUGUUAUCGAGUAUUCUUAGUGAAAUUAGCGCCACAAACGUCUGUUUCUGAUUUACCGCCGCCCGAGGAAAUAAACGUAUAUUCCUAUAGUUAUGCCCAUAGUUCUCCAACAGGUGGUGCAUAUGCUGCAGAGGCAUUUGACACUGAUCAAUUAAUGUCUGAAAUUUUUCUUGGCGACGGAGUAUCUUCUAAUGGUAGUGUUCAAUGUAAUCGAUGUAUUGGUCUUCGAGCUAAAGGACCACCUUCGGUAUUACAUUUUGUUCCUGAAACCGAACCUCCAACACCAACCAUUAAUGGAACAAGUACAACUAUAUUCAGUACAUUAUCAACAACAACUUCCAUAAGUCCCAAAAUCAAAUCAACUAUCAUCGAUCAGAAAGUAGAAUCAACGACCCCAACUACAAUUAUCAAGGAUAGUACGGAAUCAACAGCACGUAAAAAAAGAGAAGAUUCAUCAAAUUCUAAAACAAUUUUUAAUGAAAAAUCUUUGGAGUCAUCGCCACCUCCUACACAGGAUGGUUUUUUGGAUGAAAGAUCAAAUUAUACUGGUUUUAUAGAAGUCAUUGUUUUCAGUAGUAAUGAGGAUCGAUUUCUACCUGCUUAUAGUGGUUAUUUUAAUCCUCUUUAUGGAGGAAUAGAUCUACAAAGUAUAGCAGCUGAUGAAGUAACUAUGCUUGAAAUAAUAUUGCAAAUUUCUAUUGUUUUAAUAUUGAUCAUUAUGAUCCCGCUUAUUGCACUUUGCAUAUUACAUAGAUAUACUAAACGUGUACAGCAAAGAGGAGAAGAAAUUAUAACUUUAAGGAAUAGUUUCAGACAUCUUUGUCGAAGUCUUCGUGGGAGGCAUCAGCUUGUAGCUGCAAGUCCGCCUGAUAUGCCACCAAUUCCAAAGAACGAAUUGUUGCAAGCAUAUCUCCAACGUCAUAGAGAUUCUGAUUAUGGCUUUCAACAUGAAUUUGAAUUAUUGCCUGAUAGGUUUAUAGAUCGUACUACGCGUGCUUCUGAGGCUAGAGAAAAUUUAUACAAAAAUCGUUAUCCAGAUAUUAAAUGUUAUGAUCAAACUAGAGUACGACUUGCACAAAUAGAUGGUAUUUGUGGAUCAGAUUAUAUUAAUGCAAACUUUGUUCUUGGUUAUAAAGAACGCAAAAAGUUCAUAUGUGCACAAGGUCCUAUGGAGAAUACAGUAUGCGAUUAUUGGAGAAUGAUUUGGGAACAACAUUUAGAAUUAAUUCUUAUGUUAACUAAUCUGGAGGAAUAUUCUAAAACAAAGUGUGCAAAAUAUUGGCCCGACAAGAGUGAAACAAAAAACUUUGGAGAUAUAACAGUUGAACAUAUUCGUGAAAGAGCGUAUUCUGAUUACGUUGUACGUGAAUUAAAAAUGACACGUCUUGGAGAACGAGACGCUCGUACUAUAGUACAAUAUCAUUUCCUUGUGUGGAAAGAUUUUAUGGCGCCAGAACAUCCUCAUGCAAUAUUGAGAUUUAUCAAAAGAGUAAAUGAAGCAUAUUCCUUAGAAAAAGGACCAAUAUUGGUACACUGUAGUGCAGGUGUUGGUAGAACAGGAACGUUAGUCGCCUUAGAUUCUUUAUUACAGCAAUUAACAGAAGAGGGUCAAGUAUCUAUUUUUAAUACUGUAUGUGAUUUAAGACAUCAACGAAACUUUUUGGUGCAAUCUUUAAAACAGUAUAUCUUUAUUUAUCGUGCAUUAAUGGAAAUGGCACAAUAUGGUGAUACAGAAAUUCCAGCAUCCCAAUUAAAAGCGACUGUUACACGUUUGAGACAGAGAGAUAAUGGUAAAGAAAAAUGUCGAAUGGAAGAGGAGUAUGAUAAAAUUAGUUCUUUAUUAGAAGAUAGAAAAUCUUUCUCUGUUGGAGGAGGUGAAGAAAACAGAGCAAAGAAUAGAAGCGAAUUAGUAAUACCAUAUGACAGAAAUCGUGUAAUACUUACACCUGUUCCAGGCAGAGAACAUUCAACAUACAUUAAUGCCUCAUUUAUUGAAGGUUAUGAUAAUUUUGAAUCAUUUGUUAUCACCCAAGAUCCAUUGGAAACUACUAUAGCUGAUUUUUGGAGAAUGAUUUCAGAACAGUGUAUAUCUACAAUAGUAAUGUUAUCUGACUUGAAUGAAGGACCACGAAAAUGUCCACGAUAUUGGCCCGAUGAUGAAACUACUUAUGAUCAUAUAAGAGUACGAUACAUUCAAAGCGAGAGCUGUCCUUAUUACACCCGUCGAGAGUUCUGUGUAUCUAACACAAAGACAGAUGAAAGUGUAGUUGUAACACAAUAUCAGUAUCAUGGAUGGCCCACAGUAGAGGGCGAAGUACCUGAAGUAACGCGAGGUCUAAUUGAACUUGUAAAUCAAACGGAGUCAAGUGGCUCGUUAGUAGUACAUUGCAGUUAUGGUUCGGAUAGAAGUUCGAUGUUUGUGGCAUUGAGCAUAUUAGUGCAACAACUACAAACUGAGAAACGUGUAGAUAUUUUUACAACAACAAAGAAACUCCGUUCUCAGCGGCAUGGCAUGAUCAGUACUUUUGCUCAAUAUGAAUUCUUAUAUCGUGCUAUUGUAAAUUAUUCAGAUCUUCACAAUCUUGCUGAUGGAGAAUCAGUCUCAUAAUAUCGACAAACGUAAGUUGAAACAAGUUAUAGCAUUUCACUUAUCAUGUUUGUUGACAGGAUAUGCGAACUCUAUGCAAGCUCUUUGCUUGAACAAGUGUUUGAAGGUUUAUAAGUGUUGAGAUAAACAUAUAUUCAACCAACCAAAGAACAUCUGCAGAAAUAUUAAGGAACAAACAUAAUAUAAUAUUGAACAUAAAUUUGUGCAUAAGAUAAUUCAAGCUCCAUAAAUGUGGGCAUGAAAUUUUGCAUAUUAUAUUCUCAAUUUAGCUACUAGAGAAAUUUUUGCACACACUAUCUUUUAACGAAUGGCCAAUAUUGUAUAUUCCUAAACAAGUAGGAUAAUAUUAAAUGCACAACUAAAACACGGGCUAUCAGUGAUAUCGAUCAAUGGUUGGUUAUUAAUAUAAAACUAUCAUAUAUUCAUGAUCAUUUGUAGCAUUAUGUUCAUAUUAACCACAUGAUCAUUAAACUGUUCUAAAGAACUAAAUUUUAUAAAAUGGAAAUAAUGAUCUUGUUGUCAUUUCUUUUUAAGUAAUAUUGCAAAAUGUAAAGUAUUCAUUUAAUGCCAUAAUAAAUAAAUAAUAUACGAAGGUAUAUACUUACCACCGAUACAAAAAAUACAAGAUAUAUAGUAACGAAGUAUUAGAACAGUUUUUUUUUGCUUUUCAUAUACUUCUACUCGUUAUGUUUUAUUAUAAGAUUACAUGUAAUUUCAUAUUCAUGAAAAAUCGAUGACAUGAUUAAUGCUCUUCCUGACUCUAUUUAAUAAGAUAUAUAUAUAUAUAUAUAUAUAUAUAUAUAUAUAUAUAUAUAUAUGUAUAUUAUGCUAGAAGCAAGUAUACGUGAGAAUAAUUACAUUAAUUAAUUUAAUUAAAAAUUAAAAAAAAAGAACUUUUUAUCAAAAUCAGUUCAACAUCCUCAAGAAUAUAAUAAUAAUCAUUGAUAGAUUGAUAUUCACCAAUUAUGCAUUUUUAUAACGCGAACAUUCAUCAUAAAUUAAUUAUUAUUAUUUUUUUUAUAUAUUACUAUAUUGUAUUUCUGUUUCAAAGUCCGAUAUGUUAUAUAUAUGUAUAUAUAUGCACGUAUAUACACAUAUAUAUAAUGAUCCAAUUGAAAACAAAAAUAAAUGAUGCAUAUUAAUAAAGACUUUAUAGCGAGUCAGCAGGAGUAUUAAUGAAAAAAAUGAAGUGCUUAUAAAAAAUGCGAGAGAAUAAUUGAAAGGAAAGCUAAUUAGUAUGUUUAUAUGUAUUAUUUUUCGCUAACUUUAAUGCUUUGUGUUAUUAAUGCGUUAUUUGACCAGAACAGAGUAUGUUAUAAAAGUCUAUGAUUUAUUACCACAUUUAGUAUUAUCAUAAUUGUAAACACACACAUACACACACACACUUACACAUAGAUAUACACAAAUGUGAAUAUGUUUAUCUCUGGAAACAUAUAUAUCAUACAUGUAUGCGUAAUGGUACGUGCGACUCACAUGCACUUUUUUCUAAAGAAAGACUGAUACUUUUAUUCAUCCCAAAAUACGCGAUUAAAGUACGUAGUUCGUAUAAUAUUUACACAGUUGUGUAAUAAUGUGAAGGAUGAGUUUUUUUACGCUUCAUACAUCCGAAAUUCGGAAUAUCUAUGUACGCGAUACCCCUUUAUCAGUGUGCAUUUUUCAAUGCACUAUUUAGAGUUAAAUUAACAAGGUUGAUAUAAAUAAGAAAAGAAAGAAAAAUUUAAGCGUGAGGAUGAAAAAAGAAAGAAUAUUUUUUAUUUGUUGGCACGUUCGUUCAUUUCUAGUCAAAUUUAGCACCAAGACGUGCGUUGCUAAAUCAUGCUUUUACGGCAGGAGACAAUCACAUUUAAUUAAAUUUCUCUCAUCGCGUUUAUAUAUAUACACACACACAUAUAUAUAUAUAUAUACAUAUAUCAGCAAAGCUUAUUUUUUUCUUUCCUUUUCAUAUUAACUUUCAUUCCAUUCUACGACAAAUAAAUAUCUUCAUUAUAGCGAACUAAUUAUAAUGACCGAUUCUAUACAAAUAAUUUGCUAGUUUACAUUUCGUUUAAUUAUGUUAUCAUUUUUAGCAUCUUUAAGCUCUUGUUUUUUAAUCCGUCAAAUACGAGUUCGAGAGGUCGAUUAUUGAAAAUUAUUCGUACAUUCGUUGACACACACAGAGACACGUCGUUGACGAAUUAAAAAACCAAACCUAUGUAAAUGAUAAGUAUCCCUGUACACGUAUAUCUGUAUUUAUAUUGUUACCGUCAUUUAUCGUUGUUGCUAUCGUAUCAAUGAAUAGGUGUGAUAAUGGUUCGUUUCAACAGUUCGGAUAUAUCUAGUAUAAACGAGCGUGGUAAAUUUGAACAGAGGAACCGUUUUUACAUUUUAGAUACGAAAUGUAAAUUCUCGAAGAAAGGAUCGAUAAGAUACUCGUGUUGUAAAGUCAACGAUAAGAAAUAUCUUUAACCGAUAUACUGUAUAAAGCUAGAAAGAGGAAAAAAGAACAAAAAAUAUUAUCUGUCGAUUAACUUCUUAAUUUUAUUCAUUAAAAAGACAUUCAUACAAUUUCAUUAUUAUAUUCGGUUAAUCGUUUAAUUUUAAGUUUUUCAAGUGUCGACAUAAUCACGCAUUUCACUAUAAAGAUCUAUCAUCGCUAUAGCGCCACUUCUUUUUAUACUUAUAUAUUUUAUUAUCACGUUUUAUACGUGUUAAUAAACUAAGUGAUACUUUAAUAAUUGAUCCUUUAUAACUAAUAAUAUAUAUAUUCGUAAAUGUUUCAACUUCAUUUAUUGGUCACAUUGAAUAUUGAAUAAUCUAAUCUCUAGAUUAAAAAAAUAUAUAUAUACUCUAACUUUUGUUAAGAUCAUUGCCGAUGAAAGCUUGAUAGUACAGCGUCUUAAUGAGUAUCAAAUAGAUAGUGACUUGCUUAUUGUAAUCUUGUUUUCAUUUCUUAAAUAGAUAUGUGAAUGUGCAAUUGCACAAUGUAAUGCUAAAAAGGGUGCAACAUGAGUGAUGAAAGAGCGUGCCGUGUAUGCGUGAUGUCUGUUGUAUGUUAGACGAUUUAUAAGAAUUCGAAACAAGAAAAAAAAGGAGACGGCGGUUUAAUAUAUCGUAAACAUCAUUUUAUCUCUAACAAUUUUCUAAUUAAGCCACCCACGCCGUAUUUUUUCACAUAAAAGGAAAAACUUCUCUAACUAUUGUUUUCCAUGUAAUAGCCCAUAAUUGCCCGUAAUUUAUAAUAACAAUAUGACGCAAUUUAAAAGAAAAAAGAAAAAUAAUUUUCUGUUUUAAUCUAUUAAUUAGCUAAUUCGUCGUUUUGUUCAUACAUACACAAAUACACACGUACACAAUGUUCAUAUUAUGGGUUCUCGAUAUUAUUUAAAAUCCGAUAGGUGCUAGUGUUAUUAAAAAUAAUAAUUCAUUAAUUAGUUAAUACUCUCGGUGACUUCGUAAUUAUUAAUAUAACUGAAUUGAAUAUAUAUUGUAGUUAUAAAUGUAAUUAAAUAUUUUAAUGACGUAAUAUAUAACGAACAAAAGGGGAAAACGAUUUCCAUGGAAUCGUGCUUUAAUUAACCACUAAAACUUCUUAUGCGUUUUCCAAUAAUGUGAAAGACGAUUUCAGGUGCAUACAAGUACACACAUUCCUGUGAUAUUUCAUACGAGAAAAAAAGAUAAUGAGUUUAAAGAAAGAUUAAAAAGAAGGAAAAAAAAACAAAUGAGAAAAUUACCGAUCUUUAGUAUUGCGAAUAAUAUCGUAUUUCCAUUUAUUAUAUAAAUAUUCAGCGAAUAUUCUCAUGAUCAUUUUUGAAAUAAAAUAUUUCGACGCGAGUAUGCGUGAUAUAUCGUGUUUUCAUCGAUCAAUCGUGAUAACAUUAAAAUAUUUCCAGCAUACUUGUUAGACGAAUAACAUUUGAAAUUUUCACGAUAAUCUCAUAUUGAAAAAGAUCUUGGAAGAAAAUUAUUAAAAGAGAAAAUUAAUUACAAUAAUAAUAAUAAUAACAAUAAUAGUAAUAAUAAGGAUAAUUAAAGAACAUGAUCUUUUUUUUAAAAAUCGUUCGUACUCAAUCAUUUUUUACUAAGUAUUCGAUUUAAUAUUAUUAGAGAGUUUAUAAAUCUCUCUUCAAAAAUAGCGGGCCACAAGAAAAUUACACUGACGAUAUAUCGACCAUUAUAGACCCGUGAACACACACGGAUUGUCAUUCGUGUAAAGAAAGGAAGAACAUUUGUAACGUUGGGUCUUAUUUUUGCCUAUUAUUGGGGGGGCCUAUUACUGCCGUCUCCGUGUGCGUUGACUAACCAUGAGUUAUAUUGUUUGUAAAGUAACUCCUUAAGAUAUAAGAUUAAUAAAUUUAACAAGAUAAUAAUUAUAAUAAUUAUUAUAAUGAUAAUAAUAAUAAUAAUAAUAAUUAUAAUAAUAAUAAUAAUUAUAAUUAUAAUAAUAAUUAUAUAAUAUAAUAAAUAUUACGUAUCGCAUUAAUAUCGUAUUCGUGUAUAAUGAAGGAUUAAUAUUAAUUGCGUAUAAUAUUAGAUUUUGUAUGAUAUUCAACCUAACAGGAAAAAAAAGCAUAGUUUAUACCACGAAUAGAGAUCUGUAUCUAUAAAUUAAAUGUAAUAAUAUUGACGAUCGUACGCCUAUCGAUGAACAAUGUAUGUACGAGAGGAACAGGACUAAAUAUUGACCCUGAUCAUCGAAUCACUUUUUUGUAUGAAAAGAUUGUAAAACGAUAUCGUACACUUUGAUGUAAAAGAAAAUACACAGUACAGUAACGAGGUA